AUGUCAGCAUAUAACGAAGAAAAUCCCUUACCACUAUAUAACGAUGAUGAUGUUAUGGAAAUUAAUUCUUUAUCAGAAGGCCAUAAUUUAAAUUCCACGAAAGCCACAAUCGACGACAUAUUAUUCCUCUUCCACAAACAUAUCGAUUCUGGCAAAAAUACUACCAAGACGGCCGAACAUUUACAAAGAUACAUGACCGUGCAAGGACUUUGUCUUUUCAAAGUUUGGAAUUUAGAAAUUACGGUUUUUGACGCUUUGGCUAAAUCCUAUUUAGGGUUAAAUAUUUUCUCUAACACCUUCGCGCUUCCGAUUUUGCAAAGGGAUCUUAUCCAAAGUAGUUCUAAUGUUGAUAGCCCACUUACAUAUACUCAUUUUGCUGAGUACACUGAUGGUGCUGCAAACGUAGUACUCUCUGAAGGGCUGCCAAUCGUGGAUUAA